GCCACAGAAGGCCUUUGCAUUUCUUCUUCUCUGCGUGCUGAUGCUGAGGGUCUUGCAGUCAGCAGAAAUCACUGCUGUCCCUUCUGUUGUGGAAAUGGUGAGCGUCUGAGGCAGGCAGGGUCGAUAGGGGCUGGGCUGAUGACCGCAUCCGACGCCGCUCGGUGGCUCCACACCUGACUGGCUCCAUCAGAUGCACAGAUGAUGGAGCUCUCCGUGCUGCCGGGUUAUCCUGCUGCCACCAUUUCGCAUGUCCGCUGAUGCCCGACACAUGUUCUACAAGUGUCGUGAUAAUAUUACUGUCAUUAAGCCUAUUUAUUUUGUCAGGGCUUUCAUUUUAACGCCUCAUCAUUCACUGGAUGGAGUGUUCGCCUUUUUAUCUUCUGUGAAUGGUGAGGUCGGAUCGAGUUUUUCUGUUUUCCUGAAAAAAACGAACCGCGGUGGAUUGACGCUGCGUCGCUGGUAAACACCAGAAAUGGGUGUCAUUGAACCAAGGCUGCUAAUUGCGGUUCUUUCUUGGACCAUAUUUUCGUUGUUCCUACGAUAACACAUCUGCUCAUUCCGGGUCUUAUACAUCAGCAACUUGCUACACUGAGCAGGCUUCAAUCAAGCAAACAAAUGGUCCAAUCAAUAGCCAGUGGACAGAGUCUGCCAUAGGGAGGACAUCAAUAACACACUAAUACACGUCACACACACACACACGCCAUGGCGCUGGAGAAUUCGGUCUUUCCCUCUCGCCCAGACUCCCUCUCACUCCCCGUGGAAGAGAAGGGAGACGGGGAGGAAGUAGAAGUGGCCACCGAGGCCACCGUCUCCACCGGAGUCUUCAACCUAUCGGAGGAGCUGGGCCAUGUUGUCACCACAGAAACGGCACCGUCCCCUCCACCCUCGGCCAAGGUCAACAGGUCGUUCCAGGCCAAGCUGGCGGAGAGGGAGGCGAAAGCCAAUCAGCACAGAAAGAAGACCGCUGGUACGGAGAAGGAGAGGGGACGAUUUGGGUGGGCCCGGACUCGACGUAAGAGACAGCGCUAUGUGGAGAAGAACGGCCGGUGCAACGUGCAGCACGGUAACAUGCAGGAGACUUACCGCUACCUGACCGACAUCUUCACCACACUGGUGGACCUCAACUGGCGCUGCUCGCUCUUCGUCUUUGUCAUGGCCUACGCUGUCACCUGGCUCUUCUUUGGGGCUAUCUGGUACCUCAUAGCCUAUUGUAGGGGCGAUCUGGACCAUCUGGAGGAUGAGACGUGGACGCCGUGCGUCAACAAUGUCAACGGCUUCAUCUCGGCCUUCCUCUUCUCCAUCGAGACAGAGACCACCAUUGGCUACGGCCACCGCGUCAUCACCGACCAGUGUCCAGUGGGCACGAUGCUGCUGCUGCUGCAGGCUAUACUGGGCUCAAUGGUCAACGCCUUCAUGGUUGGCUGCAUGUUUGUGAAGAUCUCACAGCCCAACAAACGGGCAGAGACGCUGGUGUUCUCCAAACACGCCGUCAUCUCUCGGAGAGACGACAAGCUCUGUCUGAUGUUCAGGGUGGGCGACCUUCGGAGCUCCCACAUCGUGGGGGCCAACAUGAGGGCCAAGCUCAUCAAGUCCAAGCAGACUCAGGAGGGUGAGUUCAUCCCGUUGGACCAGACGGACAUCAGCGUGGGCUUUGAGACAGGUGACGAUCGUCUCUUCCUGGUCUCGCCACUGGUGAUCUCCCAUGAGAUUGACGCACAUUCGCCCUUCUGGGACAUGUCUCAGGCCCAGCUGGAGAAGGAGGACUUUGAGAUCGUGGUCAUCCUGGAGGGAAUGGUGGAGGCAACCGGGAUGACAUGCCAGGCGAGGAGCUCCUACCUCGCGGAGGAGGUGCUGUGGGGUCACCGUUUUAGCCCCAUGAUGUCACUGGCAGAGGGCUUCUUUGACAUCGACUAUGGAGCCUUUCACCACACGUUUGAGGUGGACACGCCCUCUUGCUCUGCACGUGAGCUCUCAUUGGCUGCAGCCAGACUUGACGCCCACCUCUACUGGUCCAUCUCCAGCAGGCUGGAUGAAGAACCCACCCUGACAAACCAGGCGGCCAAGCAGCAGGACAGCGGCUCGGCCAACAGCAAAGGAGGGGAACCGACCUUCAUCGUUGGAGAGAUGACCGACAUCCAGGAGCAAACAGGACUGGGCGAGCUGAACGGCAGCGUUGCCACCGACCAAUCCGAAUCCGAGGCCUAGAACAGAGAAUGUUUACAAAGACCUUCAGUAUAUCGGCACCACACCACAAUUAGUGUUAGCAGGUGUUUUCUUUCAAGGCAAAUGAGUAGUUUCAUGAAGCUCAGUUCUACAGUAUAUGCCAUAUCCGGUGUUACCACAUGAAGGAGUUUAUUCUUGAUAUUUUCGUCUUUUAUUUCUUUGUUGAUCUUUGUUCCAAGUGUACUGUAUGUGUGAUAUCUCUUUUCAAUCUGUUGUGUUAGCUCUUAUCACCCUUGCCUAUAUCUAAAUUUAAAUGACAAUACUAUGCUUUAGGUGGGGUCAACUGUUGUGUAUCCUGUGGACCAAGGCAGAAUUUUAAACACACAGAAGUAUUUUGUCUUGUUGGGCAAAAAGGUGACGAGGUUGUUGUUUGUGCACAUUGUUGGAUUGUUCACAUUUAAAAUAGGCACAGUGCAUAGAUGCUUUAUGUUCACCUGCGCAUUAAUAUCACUAGAUGAUAUUGAGGUAUAGACUGAAAUUGUAGUAACCUCAAAUUUCUUUAGAUGCAAAGCUGGUUUAUUAUACAUCAGUCAGGUGUUAGCAGGGCGGGAAAGUAACACCAGCCCACAGACGCUGGUAUACUUCUCUACUCUGUUAGAAACUUCAUUUGGCACCAAGCCAUUAUUUCAUUCGGUGCUCAGAAAAUGUUUGAAAAAAAUGUUUGGCUGACAAAAAAGAAGAAAAAAAAAAAAAAACACAUUGUGAAAGUGGUCAUUAGACAGCAAUGCUGGUUUCCUGCCCUGGGUGUAAACGAGUUUGUAUCUUCAGCAGGCACUGAAUAUUGUGUUUGUUAAAGAGGCUGAAAGGCAAAUUUUCAAGCAACACCCAGCAUCAAUGUUGGGUGUGGUCAGAAAUGUGUUUGGUUGCACCUGUAACCACACCCAACAGUGAUGUCACAGGGUCCUGGAGUACACCUGUACAUCACUGCAGCAAGGUGACAAGUGAAAUCACUCGAGGGCAGCAAAAACAAGACGUUCAGGUAAUGUUAAGUUAAUGCUAACAUUCCAAACCGCACUUUCACAUGAUGGUGAAUAGGGUGUCUAUUUAUUUUAAACCUUUAACACAGAGACAGUUUAACACUUGAAUGUGUGUUCAUGGCUUCGUUUCACAUACGACGUGUGUAGCACGUGGAUUAUCCAUCCUUUUUGUCCCCAGCCAAGUAGAAAUUAAAAGCACAACAGUGUCCUGCUCAGUUCAGCCCAAACUCCUGCUUCUGCUGCUGCGUAUACUGUACAUGUGGCCAUUUUUACUUGAUGUUUUUAAUAUUUAAUAUAACACAUCUGUUAGAAUUAAUAAACUGCAGUAUAUUCCA